AUGGUCCCUCUGGAAGACGUGUGGGUACAUGCAAACUCAAGUACUAACAGCUCCAACUUCACCGCCCCACAAGACACCAUUGGACUGCCCGUCACCCAAGUUGACCAUCCGCAUUUCAAUCGUGCGCGGCCGACAGCAGCCGCCUCCGCCGGGUCACCAGAGUCCGCCAGCCAAUUGAUGAAUGUCAUGGUUGUGCUGGUCGCUGCGAUCGUGGUCAUGACUGCAGUUGGUCUGUUCAUGGUGUUGUUCAAGCGAAAGCACCAGCGAAAAGACGACCGCCGCCGCGUACCUAGCAUUUGCCUGUCCAGGACCAGAUACGGAGAAGGCAUGAACAUCUUCGACACGUAUGUAUGUGGAGCCCACAUCAUGCUGCACUCCCCCGAAGGCACCAUGCGAGAGCGAGUGCCGUCAAUAGUUUUAGGGAAGGUGGACCAGUGGUACAGAUCCCACGAGUCCACGUUAAGCUAUGACGAUGGAGAGCUAGCCAUCCGAGUCUCAGAAUCGUCCGAUCACUCGUCCUUUAAGUUAUAA